AUGUCGAACUUACCAUCUCACGCCUCGCCGGCAUUCACGGCGCAGGACUCUUCCUCUCAUCAAGUUAUCGAUGAUAUACCUCUGGACUCUACCUCUGUGGCUACACCAUCAUUGAACAGCAGAAUAGGCGAGCUCCGUGGUGAUGCCUCAAAUCAACCUGACGCCACAGAGCACACCCGAGGCGAUGUCACCCCCGCAGUGCCUGCCUCUCUCCUCUCCCCUUCCUUCACCCCCCCAGCAACACCAGGUGGUACGCUAAACCACGCGCAAUUACUUCAGCAGACUUCACAACCCACGCACACCAAACCCCCUAAGCUCCUCUCCUGCCUUCCAAAUGUCGAAUGUAUUGUUCGCGCACGGAUCCCGACCACCAAUGGGGCCGAGAUGUUCCUUCACCUCUACCACAAUGACUUAGACAACAAAGAGCAUCUAGCAAUUGUGUUCGGAAACAGUAUUCGAUCCCGAAGUCUGGACGCAGUCCGUCCGGGGGAAACAGAAAUGGACCGAAUGAUCCGUGGGGCAUACAUCGGUACCCUCCGUCCCGGCCGAGUUAGCAGUUGGCAUGAUAGUACCGCAAAUACCGAGGGCGCUUCUAGUGGACAAGGGCGGAGUACCCCAAGUCACCCUAGUUCGUCACAGACACCCGAGUUAGCGCAGAGUAACACAAAUCAAGCGCCGCUGGUUAGGAUCCAUUCGGAAUGUUACACCGGCGAAACGGCAUGGUCCGCGCGCUGUGAUUGUGGUGAACAGCUCGACGAGGCGGCUCGAUUGAUGUCUCUCCCGAUGGAAACUUUGAAUGAGGCGGCAUCCCAGCAAGCAUUAUCGGUGCCUUCGAAUGCAUCUGGCGGCGUGAUCAUUUACCUCCGCCAAGAAGGCCGCGGGAUCGGCCUCGGAGAAAAGCUCAAAGCGUAUAAUCUUCAAGACCUUGGAUCGGAUACCGUCGAAGCCAAUCUACUCCUUCGACAUCCUGCAGAUGCCAGAAGCUACGGUCUUGCCACAGCGAUGUUGGCGGAUCUCGGUCUCGGUGUUGAUUCCAACCCACAUGGAAUCCGCCUACUGACAAACAACCCGGACAAGAUCCGGGCGGUUGAGGGACCGAAUCGGGAAGUAGUUGUGAAGGAGCGAGUACCGAUGGUGCCCUUGGCCUGGCGAACCGGCGGGAAGAUGGGAAUUACGAGUUCUGAAGUCGAAGGCUACUUGCGGACAAAGGAGGUCAUGGCCAAUCGCCUGCCUCCUCUGAAUGAUGUGGCCCCUUCCGCGGCCCUCAACUCUACUUCCUCGGGAACCCGUGAGACUCCAGUCGCGACCGACCCCGUCAACUUGGACUCGGAAUAUGUGAAACUGGAAGAUUCACCGACACCAUCCGCAUUGACGUCCGCGGAUGCAGAUGCAGAAACACCGGCGCCAGACACUGGCGGGCCUGCGGGGCGGAAACGCAAGUUGAAUAGUAGUUCCGCACGAGGUGUAGCCAAUCUCACUCCCGAGCAGUUGGCGAAGAAACGAGCCAACGACCGGCAGGCUCAACGGGCAAUUCGUGAGAGGACUAAAGCUCAUAUAGAUUCGCUGGAACACCGCGUCCGCGAGCUCUCUUCCCAGAAGCCAUUUUUGGAUCUCCAGGCGGCGCUGAAGCAGAAUGAAGCCAUUCAAGCCGAGAACCGCGACAUCAAACAGGCAUUGAAGGCGAUCAUGGACGUCAUUCAGCCUCUAGUCGGGAAGCACGAAGCGUCUAGUGCUAAGCUAAAUAGGCGCUCCCAGAUCCUCCCGCCGCUGCAGCCGCUUCCUCGGGCACGCAUUCGGCCCCCCUUUGUCUACAGCACUACCAUUUGCAAAACCAGUUGCUUCGGUGACACCAGGCCCACCAAUGUCGACCAUUCUUACUCCGAAGCUUCCGCGAGAAUCGAAACGCCGUCAUCCACACACUCGGCGCCUUUGUUAGGCACCAUCCGGCGCGAAAGCGCCACAAAUGGGGCAUCGGCUUCGUUUCGCAUUGCGUUUGACUAUCAGCGGCAUAAUAUGACGCAUGGGUUGGAUUUUGGGAACGAUGAAAGGAUGGCCUUUAACUUUCUACUGGAUGCAUCACAACAAGUUCCGAAAGUGGAGGGCUUCCGUCGCUCGCCGGGAAACUUCCGAGCGGCCCCAAUGAACGCUCCUCCGGCCUACCCAUCGCCGAUCCACGGAUCCAUGGCGGAGCACUCUCUGCCCGCCUACAUGACGCCAAUCCGAAACAUUACACCAACCUGCACGCUGGAUGCCAUCCUGUUGGACUUUCUCCACCAUCGGCAGCGCGAAGCAGCCUCGGGGGUCCCCCAGCAAAAGCUAGUGGGGCCUCCUUAUCCCAGUGUCUCCUCCCUGCUCAACCCAGAAAAAGGCGCUUACUCACACCCGUUGUCGAAGGUGUUCACUGAUAUCCUGCGCACAUUUCCAGAUAUUUCCUCCCUUCCGGAGCAAGUAGCUGUCUUAUAUGUCAUGUUCCUUCUCAUGCGAUGGCAGAUCUACCCAACGGCUGAAAAUUAUGAUCGGCUACCAGAAUGGUCGACUCCGCGCCCAUCGCAACUUUUAACGCCACACCCCGCCUGGAUUGAUUACUUGCCGUGGCCACGGAUGCGCGAUCGCGUCGUGAUGGCACACCAGGACUACCCUUUUGACAAUUGGUUUAUACCAUUUACGCGUACACUGUCAGUCAACUGGCCAUAUGAGGAAACCGAUUGUCUUUUGUCGACGGGAGAUAACGAUGAAUUGAUCAUCAACCCCGUCUUUGAAAGGCAUCUACGCAACCUCAACAAUUGGAGUCUCGGCCCUGCAUUUGCGGAAGCGUAUCCGUCCUUGGCUGACACAGCCAGAAUUAAGAACCAGCCUAACCGUAUCUUCGGUACGGGCCAAUCUUCACCGAGCAGCCACCGUAUAGACAGAUAG